CCGAAGGACAUUAUGGUGCCAAUUGUGCCUCUCCGUGUGGUCACUGUCUGGACACUGGCGUCUGUGACAAGGUUACAGGCAAAUGUCCUGGAGGAUGCCAGCCUGGAUGGUGGCCAGAUUUCUGUUCACAGGCUUGCAGUGACGGUCGCCAUGGACUCCACUGUCAGUCUGAGUGUGGCCAAUGUAAAGGAAACCUGCCUUGUAACAAGAUCAAUGGGACAUGCAAUCAAGGAUGUCAGCCAGGGUUUCAAGAACCCCUUUGUACAGAAUGCGUUGAUGGAAUGUACGGUGAUGACUGCAUGUCACGAUGUGGUCAGUGUAAAGACGGCUUAACCUGUGAUAAGUCCAGCGGAGAAUGUCCCGAAGGAUGUCAGGGUAACUUC